ACCCAAUUCACAACACGAACGACUCACCCACAGUCAUAGUUUUCCCUUCUCCGUAUCGCGCACAGAAGUAGCAAUGGAGAGAAAAAGAAGCAGAGAGGAGAGAGAAAGAGUUACCGGAGGCGCCGGUGACCUACCUCCUAGAAACUCCGGCCGCCCUCUUCCACCGCCUCCCCCUCUCCCUUCUCGAGGCUUUCCUGGGCUCCCUCCUCAGCGCGCCCGUUUCCAGCCCGUCGACCGUGAAAAGACUUGUCCAUUGUUGCUUCGGGUUUUCACUAAGAUUGGAGGUCACCAUACCCAAGAAGAUUUUUCAGUGAGAGGUAAGGAACCCAAGGAUGAGGUUCAAAUAUAUACUUGGAUGGAUGCUACGCUUCGAGAGUUGACUGAUCUUGUGAAGGAAGUUUCUCCAGCUGCCCGAAGACGAGAUGCAAAAUUGUCAUUUGCAGUUGUAUAUCCUGAUAAAAAUGGGCGUAUGCAAGUAAAAAAGGUGGGUGAAACCUUCUCGAAUGGAAAUAAGAGACGCUUAGAUGACAACAAAGCCUUGGCUGAAAUAUACUUCCAGAUUGGAGAUUACUUGGAUGUAUCAAUCGAGUAGAUCAGGGAUGGCUGCAUCUGAUGGCUGCAGAUGCAAUGUUACUGAGGCAUAGAUGUUCUCAACCAGUGUACAACUAGUUAUUUACGCAUGGUUGAGGUGGUUUGUGAUGCCCGAAAAUUGGCAUAACAGCAUUACAUCAAUCAUUGCUUAAGUUUUCUUCUUGUAUUCAAAUUUUAAUAUUAGUAUGAACAGUAGUGUCAAACUCUUAUCAAUUGUUUUUAUAGCAUUCAAAAGAUGCCUAAAUGAAGUUGCUGAUAAUAGCAAACGCCUCAAUUAGUUUCUAA